GGGAUGUAUCUCACUCUCUCUCUCUGUCGCUCUCUUCAUUGGCUAAAGCCGCUGUGACGUCACAUCUCCGUCACAGCGCGAGCGGCGCUGAAGCGGGCGCGUGGAGGAACCGGGACCGCUGCUCGUCCCUGGACCUCCAUGGUGGACCCGACCCGCGCAGUGUUGGCCUGUAGAUAUGAAACUGGCCAGAGAACUCACUGACAUCACGUCUGACACGAUCUGCUUCCUAUUGCACAUGUGACGUCAAAGGUGCGUCGGGCACUCGCAUGGUGUGUUUUUAUAGAAAUGUUUGGUUGCAUGAUUCUGGACCGAGCCGCCGACCAAAGUCACCGGGAGGGAGCGGACGGACAUCAGCGGCCCCGACGGACCACUGCUCUCAGGAUUUAAUCACGGAAUCAUGGAGGUAUCCAUGGCCCAUCCACGUCAAGCGAAAUGAUUGGUGCAUCCAGUCUCUCAGGAGACACCCUGGUCGCAUGCCACUUCCCCGUGGGUCAACUUCCUACAUGGCAACUUCCUGUCCAGGCCUUGUGCAGCUCGGCCAAGAGGUCCGGCCGUCUGUGCUCAGUAGGCCUGACCCGAGCGGUGUCACUCCCAGAGAGAGACUCGCUCAACCGAGAGCCCGCCCUCGCUGGCGGCCUGAGACAUAUUUCCAGCAGCUAUGGGAGUCUAAAUGAGGACCGAGCGGAGGAGGAGGGGGCCAGCGACAGCAGCUGGAGGUACGACUCCACCUCGUCGCCAGAAGAGACCAGUUCCUCCCUGAAGAAGGAAAGCUCUGAGGCUAGAGGCAGUCUGCGGUCGCGCAACUCAUUCCUCCCAUGUACAGAGCUAGAUGAGGAUGAGGAAGAUGAGGACAGUGAUGGGGAUAAUCUGCACCGAUAUCAUGAGGACUCAUCUUUUGUGUUACAUGGAAAUUCUAAUUGGACACUGAGCAACGGGGCCAGAAAUCAUACCACGCCCCAUAGAGACAUGGGCGGGGAAUGGAGCAACCAAGGCACCGCGCUGGGCACAGAGAGUGACCAAGAGUGGCUCUCUAACCAGCCCAACCACCCGGACUCACUGCAGACUGGGUGCCAGUGCUUUCAAGUGAACAGAUCUGGCAUCACAGUGAUGGCUUGUGGAGGGCAGGACUCAGACAGACUGAAGGACAACUUGUCCUGCUGCGUCCACAGCCCCCGCAAAUGUUCCCCAGAGUUGUCGUCCAACACGGAGUAUGUCACCGACUCCUCCUGUAACAGCUCUGAUGGCGUUUUGGUGAACUUCUGCACCAUCUACAACAGGAGCAACAACCCUGCCACCCCCCAUGACCUCAGCAGUCCUGCGGUUCACCCUUCUCAAUCAUGUGAGGGAUCUGUGUUCCUCAACCUCCAACCUGUCCCCCACACUCCGACCGGCGACCUCCUGCAAGAUGACAUGACGGUAAACUCCCCCCCAAAAGAGGAGGUCGACACGACGGCCCCUGCUUCCUGCUGGUCUCCUCAGUGCCUGGACUCCAACUGCAACCUUUAUUCCCUGGAGCCGCUUCCCCCGGGUCUCUCUUCUCUGGAGGUUUCAGACCUCACUGCCUGUCUCCAAGGCCAGACCACACUGGCAGUGGGGACCAACCAGAAGUACUACAAGCUCGUGACCUGUGACCUCUCCUCCCAGUCCCCCAGCCCAGCCUGGUCCAGUUUCAAUGGCUGCCCUGAGGAUCAGAGCAGAGGCAGCCCCUUCCCUCCCUCUGAGCACAUCUUCAUCCAUUAUAAGAAAGAAGGACAACACAAAGAAGAGAAGGACAAAGUAGAUCAACACAAGGAAAAGAUAUUCUCCUCACCACAGAGGAGCGUCGGGUUGGACUGCUCCCAGUUUCAGACCUAUAAUUACCAGUUUGCCACCACUUCCACUGAAAGGAGGAAACAUGCAGACGGCAUCCAGAACCGCUCCUGCACUCCACCCUCACUGUGCCCCAGCCAGUGUAGCCCACACGGCAGUAAAUGCCAGGACACAAGAUGUGUGUCCAUGCAGCCAUCUGUGAACCAGGAGCACUGUAACACUGAUGCCACUGAGAAGGGUGCGUGUUCAUUUGAAAAUGCAGUGGUGCGCUACAGUAAAGCCCAGAGGCCGACCUCGCUGCCCAUUCAGCCCUUUGUUCUGAUUCCCGCAGACAAGCCCCCGUCCCAGGCCCAGCACCUGGGCUGUCUUCUGGAGCAGUACAUCAACCAGAAGAGCAGCAAGUCUAGUGGCUCCCAGUCGGGCGUCAAGGGCAAGGGCAAAAGUAGUCGGUGCUUUUCUAAUCUUCAGCCAUCACCCAUGGGCGGCCACCGCCCCGUGUUCCUGGAGGCUCCUUCGAGUUCUGAUACCUGCUCCACCUGCACACCAAGCCCAGAGUGCUACGGCUGCAGACACACGUGGAGCCAGUCCAGCAGAGGCUGUCUGAGUCCAUGUACAUCAAAAAGCAGCCUGGAUCCGUCUCAUAGAAGCCCAAAGCCCAGACCGGCUCAGGUGCAAGAUAAUACAAGCCCAUGCUCAGGCAAAACUCAGGCUGACACUUUUUCAAAUCAGACCCCGGCCCCAAAUCGGUCGAACCCCGUUAAACUUCCCACCUACCAGGAUCUGAUCGACCUCGCCCCUGAGCAGAGCCAUGCCAGCCUUGAGUUUGAAAGUCCCCAUCUGUCCCACAACCACACCUCCUACCAUUCAUUAUUCUCCCAUACACCACCCGUUUUAUCCCUAAUCACUGACACACACCACCCGAACCUGCAGGUCUCCUCGUCUCCUCCAAAAUUCUCACAAUCAGAGAAGAAAUUCCCAGAGUACAGAGCCGCCCCUGCCCCUGCGGCCGACUCCGGCUUUUUCCACGGUGGUUUUACAGCUGCCCUCUCCUCAGUAGCCCCUCUCUCCUCUCUGAGUUCUCUGCUCUCCUUGGCUGCUUCUGGGCUCCAUCCACAGCAAAUGCAGGACUCUGCUGGGCACAGUGGGAAACCAAGGCAGAGUCAGCACAGUGAAUCUCUGAUCCUGAGCGACAGGCCGCCCUCAGAAUUCUGUCUCUCGCCCGAUACGUCGUAUGAGUCCCUAUCUAUAAGCCAUCUUCAGAGGAGAGGUUUGCUCCGGUCUGUUAGCAGAGCGGUGGAUUUGAUCAUGGCUCACUUUGGCAGCAGCAGAGACCCUGAAGAAAAGAUGCGUCUUGGUAACAGCUCCUGGAGUCCCACGAUCGCAGGUCUGGUCCUGGAGCAUUUGUGUCCAACGAUCCAGAAUAUUUUAGAGGACGGUCUCAGGGAUCACAAACUGGAUGUCAUCGUCGGGCAGCGCCGCAACCACUCCUGGACUGUGGUGGAAGUCUCUACUGGAAUCGCUCUCUCUACAGGUCCAUCCACCAGAGUCCUGCACAGCCUGAUCUCAAAAAUCCGACAGUGUCCCCAGCUCACUAGCCACUGUAUGAGACUGAGGGCCUUCAUCAUGGGAUUGCUUAACUUAAGAGCUCUGGAAUUCUGGCUCAGUCACUUUCAAAGUCAAAAAAAUGUGGUGAAAACGUACUACCAUUCCUGGGGGUUCCUGUCCAUGUCACUGGGUCGGUGUCAGCCCUUGUUUCAGGAACUGCUGCUCCUGCUGCAGCCACUCUCCAUGUUGCCCUUUGACCUCAACUUGCUCCUUGAGCCCCGCCUGUUGCGUAACAGACAGCGGUGUCCCGAGGAGCAGAGUGUCACUCCGCCUCAGCCGUGCUCAGCCCACCUCGUGACCAGCUGGCCACUUCUGCAAGCCGACAGAAGGGUGGGCAGCAGCCACAGCAGUCAGCAAACGAAGAUUUCUCACCAGAUGGGUCCACAUCACCAAGAGUCACUCAGUCCUCUGAAUUCAAGUUCCAUCCAGCGGCAAUGUGGAGGGAUGGAGGCAACCAGGAGUCCGUGGUUAGCGCCUAUUCCAGAGUGGUGGCAGAAAGAGCCUGACCUCAUGGAUGGUGUUGUUGAAGGGGAGGACUGUAGCCAGAACUAUGCAGAUACUUGGUCUCAAAUAAGCAUGGACAGUGGGCAAGAAGAGACGAGGAGAGACAAAUAUAAUGGGACCCCGAAUGUGUCAACUUGUGUCCAGGUGGAGAGCCCCAGUCAGGGUGGGCUGCGCUGGGCCAAACUGUUUGGAGCUGCUGACGCUCCCACCAGAGCAGAGAGCGUUUCUCAGAGUCACAUUGGAGCACAAACCAGAAGGCGACCAUCGCAGUGGCUUCAUUUGGACAGAUCGCAGCUGGGACUGUUGGCUCAAUCCAUAAAGUCAAUGAAGCUAGUAGGAGCACAGACCAACAGAAACAUGGACUACUGAACGCGACACCCUCUAUGGGUGGAGGACUGAGUAGAGCCCAUUUACUGUUAAAACAAAAGUUUAAACUGCAUGACAGUACGCAGUGCUGAAAUGAUCAUAAGGUACAUAAAAUACAACAUUAACAACUUUGGCAGUGGCCCAGAUUCCUCAGGCUUUGCGUCGCACAAGCUGCUCAGAGAUCCAUCAUCAAGUUUGAGUGUCCUUCAGUUCAGCUAGUUUUAAACCCAAUCACUAUUUAGGCUGUACCAUUAAAACUUAAGAAACGUCUCUUAACUAUAGUAAAAACUUGAAAUCAUGAGUAAGGAUACAUCUCAACAAAACAAAGUAAACUCAUUCAACAAACAGAAUGUCACUGUUGCAUCUCGAGCCGCAGCAUUACUGCAGAAAUACAGUAUUUUGGCAAAGUAUAAAAACAAUUCUUAUUUAGCUAGUUAUUUAUUUUGAUAUAAGCAUAACUUUUAGUACUUUGAGGUUACUGCAAUUAACUUUGUUCUGUUAUUUCUGUGAAAUGUAAUUUAAACAUUCCUAGUUCACCUCCAUUAUUAAACAAUAUCGAUCAAAUAUCAGGUCAGAUAUGACCCGUUAUACAGUAUGUUAAGUACUGUAUCACUCCCAACUUUUGCCAAUUGGUUUCAGCUAUAGUCCGUAAUGGACCUAUAACAUCUCUGGUUACACCUGGCAGAGAGCAGGUGUGACAUUUUAGUGACCAAUAAUUCCUAUGUGAGAGCUAGUUUGUGUGGUGCAGCCUGUUUUAAUUUAGUGACGUUUAAAUCUCCAUUUACUUACCUUGAACUUUAGAACAGCCGGUGCAACCAGCUCCUGGUCAUAAAAUGCCUCCGUUGUUGUUUUAUAUGUGUACUUUUGGUCAUUUUUUCACACGUUGGAUGUGAAGUGAAGCCUGGAGAACGUGAAGAGAAGUUGGACUAUUUCCACGGCCGAUUCUGAGCUUUUUUUAUUUCCAGGAAAGUGCUUGAUGAAUGAGGGCCACUGCCUCUUUUUGCACCUGCACCCCCGGAACAACUGUAAGUAGUCGCCUCUGUUUCUCUCAGUUGCUUUUCUUAUAGGCGAACGUCAAUCAUGAAAUGUGAAUAUUGGCCUGCUGUAGACUGUUGGAGAUUCAUGUGAUGCAAAACUAUCCAUUUCUCAUGUCACUGUCAGCUCUAUCCUUCGUCCCAUCAAUAGGUGAAAAAGAAAAGAAAAAAAUCCAGCAAUACCCCGUUACUAGCCUCUUGUAGUGUCAGUGAUGUAUUUAUUUCCAUUAACUCUGUUUGAGCAAAUUCCAAGCAUGGAUUUACUGUAGGUGCACGAGUCAACCAACACGCAGUGAGGUGUUAUAGACGCUCCCAGUCUUUAUUAGAUCUCUUAACCUCCUGUCUAUGUUUUUAUAGCUGUAGAGAAAAAGCUUCUGGAAAUUCUCUGGCACUGGAAUUUCAAAUGUGUGCAAUACUCUGUUAUAAUGAGGACGUCGUCAAGUGAAAUGUGUUCAGUUGCACAAGUAUAAGCCACCUUGUGGCUGGUUCAGGUAUUUAAAUGUGUGUAAGGUACAUUUUGAUAGACUGAUAGAUGAGAAGUAGGAACAUGUGUUCUGUGUGUUUGUUGAAUGGAGAUUUUUUUUUAAUAAGCUGCAGUAACGUGAAGUCUGUGAAAUUAUACCACCUAGUGUUAUUUUCUCCUCAGUCUCUGAAUGCUUCCUCUAAUGCCCAGUGACAAUCAAACUCUGUUAAUAAAGAAGGAACAUAUUUA